AUGGCGGCCUUCGCCGUGAGCUAUGUUUCUCCCAGCGCAUCCACCGCCUUGCGUGGAGCCGCAACCACGCCUGCGGGCCAGUCCAACACUUCUCGCGAGCCGCCAGUUUCAUCUGGCGUUGGGUCCACGCUUGUUGGUGUCGGGGCCUUGAGCGCCCUGGCGGCCUCGACGAAGCGGUCGCGUCCUUCGCGGGGGCUCCGCGCUCGCGGUGGUGAUGUGGUGGAGACCCUGCCCACCACGGAGAUCAACUACUACAAGUUGGACAGCAUCAAUACCACCCAGAUCUUGGCCUCCAUGCGAUGCGCGCUGAAGGCCAUGCGCACUUACUUUGACGGCGAGAAGCAGGCGGAG